AAUUUGUGUGUGAUUGCAGGUUGGCUCAGUUUUGAAUAGUUUAAAAUUUAGUAUAUUGGAUGCUACAAUCAUGUUGGCCCGAAAGAUUUCUACAAUCUCAGGUCGACAAGAACCGUUUGCAAAAGCAUAUAAAAUUGGAGAAUUACUGGGGAAAGGUGGAUUUGGAACAGUUUAUUGUGGAACUCGACUGCGAGAUAACGUGUCGGUUGCCAUCAAACAUGUACUUAAAGAAAAAGUUACAGACUGGGGACAGGUAAAUGACCACCGUGUGCCUAUUGAAAUAUCCUUGCUACAAAAAGUGAGCAGCCUGCAGGGAGUGAUUCGUCUGCUGGAUUGGUUCGAGCGUUCCGAUUCGUUCAUCAUUGUCAUGGAGAGACCCGACUCCGUGCAAGACUUGUUCGAUUUCAUUACUGAACGGGGGGUUCUCGACGAAAAUAUCUCUCAAUUCUUCUUUCGACAGAUCGUGGAAACUGUCAUAGCGUGCCAUAAGCUGAAAGUUAUUCAUCGUGAUAUCAAGGAUGAAAAUAUUUUAGUGGACCUCAAGACUUUUUCUUUAAAGUUGAUUGACUUUGGAUCCGGGGCACACCUGAAAGAAUCGGUUUACACAGACUUUGAUGGUACACGUGUUUAUAGUCCACCUGAGUGGAUCCGCACCAGCCGCUACUAUGGGUCCAGUGCAACGGUGUGGUCGUUGGGGAUCUUACUGUAUGACAUGGUCUGUGGAGACAUCCCUUUCCAGCAAGACGAACAGAUUUUACACGCAAGAGUUUCUUUCGGAAGGAGGCUGUCACCAG